CGCUUUAGGAAGUGGUUGCACUUGGCCAAUUCCUGGAGUGACAGUAGAGUCGAGUCAAGUUUUUGGCGCCGUUGCCGGGGACGGCUAGGUUGUUGAAGAAAAGUGAUUUCUGUUAAUUUAGCUUUUCUUUGUACUUUGUUUACUUUGUCCCACUUGUGCCUUCACGGGUUUGUUGCUUGAGUGUGUGCAGGUAGUGCAUGACCCGUAGCCAGUCGGGAGGUUUACUGCCGUUGAAUCCAGAGAUUGACCGCACCUGUCGCCAGCUCAGGAGACAACAGCGAGCUAGACUGGCUACGGAAGAGCGCAUAGACGGCCACCUGAGCAGCGAUUCUGAAGAAGAGCACGGAAUGGACGGAGACUACAAUCAGCACCAGGGGAAUCCCCCGGUGAAUCAGGUCCUGGGGAACAACCCCAUACCCCAGGAUCAUGGAGCUCAUCAUCCACCGCAGCCGGGUCCCACCUUGGAGUACUAUUACACUCCUCGGAUUGCUGACAUCCGCCCGGUCAUCCUCUACCCGCCGAUCCCAGCAAACAACUUCGAGAUCAAGCCAUGCUGGAUUCAGCUCAUCACAUCUUCUAUCCAGUUCCAUGGCUUGAAGGAUGAGGAGGCCAGGGUGCACUUGUCCCGUUUUCUGCAGCUGACGAACGGGUUCAAGCUGAAUGGUGUCCCGGAUGAUGCGAUCCGCCUUCAUCUCUUCCCCCAUUCUCUGGCGGGGAAUGCCAAGAGGUGGUUGGAGACCCAGCCACCAUUGUCCAUCACCUCUUGGGACGAUCUGGCAGACAAGUUCGUGCACAGGUACUACCCUGCGUCGAAGACUACAGAGAUUCAGCGGGAGAUCACUCACUUCCGCCAGGAGCCAGAUGAGUCACUUCGUGAUGCAUGGGAGCGGUACAUGGGAUACUUCUGGCAGUGUCCCCAUCAUGGCUUCAGCGAUGCUUUCACAGUAGGGAACUUCUACAGCGCUCUCUCCCCAGAUAGCCAGAGGGUGAUUGAAUCUCUAUGCCCAGGAGGGGAUAUUCUCACUAAGACUGCACCCGAGCUGAACCAGAUGAUUAAUACAUUAGCUGCCAGAGAUCAUUCCUGGGGGCAGAGCAGCAGAGGCAGGCAUUCCCGGGACCGUGGUGUGCAUGCCAUGGAGACCAGAUCCGGGUUAGAGCAGCAGGUGGCUGAGUUGGUGCAGACAUUGAAGCAGCCCAACAGUCUCCUACCGGGCCGAGGUGUAACUCCGCCUCCAGUCGCUCAGUGUCAGUGGUGUGAGAGCCCAAACCACCUGGUGGAAGAUUGUCAGUCUAUGAGGGAGUCUUCUACUCCCCAAGAGCAGGUGGACUUCAUAGCAAAUGCUCGGCGCCUGGAUCCAUACAGCAGUACCUAUAAUGAGGGAUGGCGCCAGCAUCCCAACUUUGCCUGGAGCAGCAACGCCAACAAGCCACCUGGUUUCCCAGCACCAGCAGGUGGUCUCCAGCAGAGGCAGCCCUUCCAGGCUAGGCAGGGGCUACCACCACAGCAGCAGCCUUACCAGCCUAGGCAAGGGCAGCCAUUCCAGCAGCCUCAGCGUCAGUAUGCCGAACCAGCAGCAGCGCCAGCUCCCGAUAAUCAGAUGACCGAGCUGAAGAACAUUUUGGCAGCAUUCAUGACCACCAGCCAGGCAAGUAUCACGAGGAUGGAUCAGACCAUAGCUUCACUGGAGGCAGGCCAGAGAACCCUGGAGGCAGGCCAGAGAAACCAAGGUGCCAUUCUGCAGGAUCUCCAGCACCAGAUAGGGAGCUUAGCUCGCCAGAACACUACAAGGGCACCGGGGACUCUGCCUGCCACCACUGUCCCCAAUCCUCGUGACCCCCAAGAGACCGCCCAUGCCAUCACCACCAGGAGUGGUAAGACCAUAUCUGCUACUCCUGCCCAGCCCAGGCGAGACGAACCACUACCUGCUUCAACACCUCCAGCUGAUACUGCAGAAGUGGAGGAAGGCAGCGCAGCACCUGCUCCCAAGCCACAACCUGUGGUUAAGGAGCAUACACCCCAGCUGCCCUUCCCCACUAGACUUCACAAAGACAGGCUGGAGACAGAGUUUGCCAAGUUCAUGGCAAUGUUGAAGCAGGUAAACAUCAGCAUGCCGUUCGUGGAGGCACUGUCGAAGAUGCCCAAGUAUGCCAAGUUUAUGAAAGACCUCCUCACCAACAAGAAGAAACUUGGGGAUCUUUCGACAGUGAUGCUCAGCGAGGAGUGUUCUGCUAUCCUGCAGAACAAGCUGCCCGAGAAGCGCAAAGACCCAGGGAGUUUCACUAUCCCUCUUGUUAUUGGCAGCAUGCAUGUAGGAAAGUCCUUGGCGGACCUAGGCGCUAGUAUAAAUGUCAUGCCCUAUAAACUGUUUAAGAAGCUAGACCUAGGUGAACCUAGAGCUACUAGGAUGAGCAUUCAGUUAGCUGAUCGCUCAAUCGUGCAUCCUAGGGGUAUCAUUGAGGACUUGCUUGUUAAUGUUGGUGCAUUCACAUAUCCUGUUGAUUUUGUUAUUUUGGAUAUAAAUGAGGAUGUGGAUGUGCCUUUGAUCUUGGGUAGACCAUUUCUCGCCACCGCCAAGGCGCUUAUUGAUGUGCAUAGUGGUCAAUUGAUUCUGCGUGCUGGUGAUGAACAGGCUACUUUUUCUGUGUCUGAGAAUGGGAAGCACUCUCAUUUGCAUGAUGACAUAGAUUACUGUGAUAUGUUUACUGACUUUGAGACCGCACUCGCCAUAACGAGUGCGGGUACUGAUGAUGCUCUUGAGCGUUGUAUUUUGCUAGGUGAGCAGGCAUCACAGGAGCCGCAGCUGGCGGAGCAGUUGGCCGCGUUGGAGAGUGGCCCCUUCUUGGAGGGCGACAGGCUGUUUAAACCGAUCUCAUCCUCCACUCGCAUCACCACCUCCUUGGAGGAACCACCAGAGCUGGAGCUUAAGCCCCUCCCUCCUCAUUUGGAGUACGCAUUUCUCCGGGAGGGGAAUAAGCUGCCAGUCAUCAUCAGCUCGACCCUCACACCCGAGCAGAAGACCAGACUGGUGGCGUUGCUGCAGCAGUACGAGCAAGCCUUGGCAUGGAAGAUCACGGACAUCCGGGGGAUCAGCCCCUCCUUUUGCUCGCACCGGAUACUGCUGGAGGAUGAGAUGCGGCCAGUGCGGCAGCCACAGAGGAGAUUGACACCGAACCUGGAGGCGGUGGUUCGGGCAGAGAUCGUAAAGCUGAUGGACGCGGGGAUCAUCUUCGCCAUUUCUGACAGCGAGUGGGUCAGUCCCACCCAGGUGGUACCCAAAAAGGGUGGGAUGACCGUGGUGCCUAACGAGAAGAACGAGCUCAUCCCGAUGCGCACGGUGACUGGGUACCGUGUUUGCAUCGACUAUCGGCGUCUCAACGACGCUACUCGGAAGGACCAUUUCCCGCUGCCGUUCAUUGAUCAGAUGCUGGAGAGAUUGGCGGGGCACGAGUUCUACUGCUUCCUGGAUGGGAUGUCCGGGUACUUUCAGAUCCCUAUAGCACCGGAGGACCAGGCGAAGACCACUUUCACCUGCCCCUUCGGCACAUUUGCUUACCGGAGGAUUCCAUUCGGGCUAUGCAACGCCCCAGCCACUUUUCAGCGAUGCAUGCUCGCUAUCUUUGACCGUCUGGUCGGCGAGAUCAUGGAGGUGUUUAUGGACGACUUCUCGGUCUAUGGAGACUCCUUCUCUCACUGUCUCCAUAACCUGGAAAUCGUUCUUAAACGGUGUGAAGAAACGAACCUGGCACUGAGUUGGGAGAAAUGUCACUUCAUGGUUCGAGAAGGCAUAGUUCUUGGGCAUAAGAUCUCCAAGAUGGGGAUUGAGGUGGACAUAGCAAAGAUCGAGACUAUCAGCAAGCUGCCUCCUCCUACAUCUGUAAAGGGGAUCCGGAGUUUUCUUGGCCAUGCAGGUUUCUACAGGCGGUUCAUCAAGGAUUUCUCGAAGAUCGCCCUGCCCCUGACCAAGCUUCUAGAGAAGGAUGCCCCCUUCCUGUUCACUGAUGCUUGCACAGCAGCGUUCACCACCUUGAAGGAGAAGCUCACCCAGGCUCCUAUCAUGGUUGUUCCAGACUGGUCUCUACCAUUUGAGCUGAUGUGCGACGCCAGUGACUUUGCUGUUGGCGCUGUUCUGGGGCAGAGGCGAGAUCAACACUUCCGGCCUAUCUACUACGCCUCGAAGACUCUGAAUGAUGCCCAGGAGAACUACACCACCACAGAGAAGGAGCUGCUUGCAGUGGUGUUUGCCUUCGAUAAGUUUCGCCCCUAUCUGGUCUUGUCCCAUGUGACCGUGUACACAGAUCACUCCGCGAUUAGAUACCUGAUGAGCAAGGCCGAUGCCAAGCCUCGGCUCAUACGAUGGAUCUUGCUAUUGCAGGAGUUUGAUAUUGAGAUCCGGGACAAGAAGGGAGCAGAAAAUGUUGCAGCUGAUCACCUCUCCCGGUUGGACGCACCUCCUGCGGACAGCCUCGUGAAGGAGAUUGAUGACUCCUUCCCCGAUGAGAGGUUGAUGAUGAUGUGCUUGGUGGAGAGUGUCACCCCCUGGUACUCUGAUUUUGCGAACUAUUUGGUGGGCCAGCAGCUGCCCAAGGGGAUGCCAACUCACGCCAAGAGGAAGUUUUUCUCCGAUCUGAAGUACUACUUCUGGGAUGACCCACAUCUUUUUCGGAUCGGAGCCGACGGGAUCAUCCGUCGUUGUGUUAUGGAGAGUGAGAUGGAGGGCAUUCUAUCUCACUGUCAUGAGGGACCUACUGGCGGUCAUCACGGCGGAAACCGCACGGCGAGGAAGGUUCUCCAGUCGGGCUUUUACUGGCCCACGCUCUUCAAGGAUGCAGACGCCUUCGCACGCAGGUGCGACCGAUGCCAGAGGUCAGGUAACAUCUCUGCCCGUGAUGAGAUGCCCCAGAAUGUGUUUAUAACUUGUGAGAUUUUUGAUGUCUGGGGUAUCGACUUCAUGGGCCCCUUCCCUCCAUCUUUUGGUAACACCUAUAUUCUGGUUGCUGUUGACUACGUCUCUAGGUGGGCUGAGGCGCAAGCUUUGCCCACCAACGAUGCUAGACGUGUUUGUGGUUUUUUGAAGCAGCUAUUCUCCCGGUUCGGGACACCUAGAGCCAUCAUAAGCGAUAGAGGCACCCAUUUCCAAGGCCAAUUUGAUAAACUACUGUCUCGCUAUGGUGUAACUCACAAGGUGUCCGUGGCCUAUCAUCCCCAGACCAGUGGCCAGGCCGAGCUGACGAACCGGGAGCUCAAGCGAAUCCUGGAGAAAACGGUGGAUCAGUCCCGCAAAGACUGGUCCACCAAGCUCGAUGAUGCUCUAUGGGCGUAUCGCACUGCCUACAAGACGCCCAUUGGUACUUCACCGUACCGGCUUGUCUAUGGAAAGGCAUGCCAUUUGCCCGUGGAGCUAGAGCACAAGGCCUUCUGGGCCCUUAAACUGCUCAACUUGGAUGUUCGUGUUGCAGGUAUCGAGCGAAAAAUGCAGAUGUUGGAGCUGGAAGAGUGGCGUUACCACGCCUAUGAGAACACCCGGCUGUACAAGGAGCGCACUAAGCGCCUGCACGAUGCACGGUUGCGGGGUCCGAAAGAGUUCCAGGUUGGUGAUCGAGUUCUCCUUUACAACUCUCGCCUGAAGCUCUUUCCCGGAAAACUCCGCUCCCGGUGGUCUGGACCGUUCACGGUCACACAGGUGUUCCCGUAUGGCACUAUCGAGAUCGCCAACCCGCAGACUGAGCCGUUUAAAGUGAAUGGCCAUCGUCUCAAGCUCUACCUGGGAGGCGAGGUCGAACGUGCGGAGUUGGUAGUGGAACUCGCGGACCCUUAGUUCCGCCAUGGGCGUCCAGCUAAUACGACGGUAAAGAAGCGCUUCUGGGGAGGCAACCCCACCACGGUUUGUUUUUCUUUCUUGAGUUUUGAGUCGGUUUGUAGACCCGGUUUGGGUUUGGUCUGUUUUCUUUUGGUUUGGAUGAUAUUUUAUUGGGCUGACCAUCGGACCUAACAUACUGUGUUUGAGCUCUGUGUUUUCCUUUGGCUGUGCUUGCCCCGACUGGCCCGCCUCCAGUCUCCUGCAGUCCGUGCAUACCGGUAACAUCUUUCCCUUAUCCUUCCCUCUUCUCCAUUGAGGGCAAUGUCGAUCUUAAGUGUGGGGGGGUGUUUAUCUUUGACUGCAUUAGAUCUGUUUGUGUGCUUGGAGCCUAGUCCACUUUCCAAAUUUUUAAAUUUGAGGGCUCCAAGUAAGUGUUUCCGUGCAAUUGCCUGCUCAGUAUGCUUUGAAUUGACAGUCUUUAUGGUAAUAUGCAACCUAGGGAGGUAGUGUAGCACUAUGGAGGAUGUUGAUGCAUUUAAGAAGUCUCAUUUCUUCUUCAUAUUGUGUUGGUUGAUUGAGUGAAUUAGUGAUCUUAGGACCCUUUGAAUUGUGUGGUGUUGUGGAUUCUCUGCCUGUCAUGGACUCUUGUAUCAUGUUUUGAAAAUAACAGGUGCUCGAAAAUGUGCUUCAAAAUAAACGUCUCCCGUGCGAAUAGGGCGCAAGUGUGUAAGGGGAGACGGGAAUUCGUUCCCAAUUUCCACCUACUACCUCCAGCCCCCUUACAUGUCUUUCCCCCGCACGAGGCUCGAGACAUCCGCUCCUGGCAUGGCCGGUAAGAGCAGGUUGGGACCCUUGAAAAGAAAAAUAACAGAAAACAAGCAAAACAGAAAGAAAAGGGGUUCCAACCAUCUUCAAAGAAAAUCGAGCACCUCGAAAAAUGUGAGUCCAUGAUCCUUUGUUUUUGAGAAUCUCUCCAUCCACAAUUCAUUUGUUCUCUGUUCACUGUUUGCCAUGAUGCCAACUCGAUAAGAAGCUUUGAGAUGACUUGUGCGUCGGUUGACCUCGUAAGUUGCUAAAUGAUCUAGGAAGUCCUCUACCUACGAUCUGGGUUGUUUGUUGCUAUAGAGGUCUGGAGAGCUGCAUUGGUUUGAGUUAGGUCUGCUUGGGGACAAGCAAACGGUUAAGUGUGGGGGAGUUUGAUAGACCGUUAGUUACACAUGCUUUUACCCCUGCUCUUACUCUGUUUGAGGUAUUGAUUCUCGUGUUUUAGGCCGAUUUCACGCUAGGUGGUGCUUGUUUAUGAUAUUUCAGGUCCUAGUACGUGAAUGGAGGCUUGGGAGCGAGUUUGAUGUCGAUUGGACGCGGAUCGGACGCAUGGCGAGAUUCCAAGGAGGCUGCACGGCCAGACCAGGGAGUCGCACGGCCGUGCAGCAUACAAUUAUGGCCGUGCGACAUUAUGCGAGAAGACGCACGGGCAGAGCAGAAAACCCGCACGGCCGUGCAUGUAACCAGUCUGGCCGUGCGGGAUUGUGCGAGAGCUUGCACGGGCACAAGUGAAAUCCGCACGGCCGUGCGAAGUGCAAUCCUGGCCGUGCGAGAAGCCCGAGGUUCAACUUAUUGAUACGCCGCGUUUUGAGGUGCACGGCCAGAAUGGUGAUGUGCACGGCCGUGCACCCUGGCCGUGCGAGUCGGGAUUUUCUCCUUUUAAGCAGAAUUUCAGCCACAAUUCGGGGGGAUUCGAGUUUUUGAGAGAGAGAUCAGUUCCUAGAGAGAGAAAGUGACGAGCAAGAGUUCCCAAGUGCCCUAGAUUGAUCUUCAACACCAUUGGAGGCCAGCUUGAGCUUGGAGAAGUGCCAAUCAACGUCCAGAAGCAGGAAUCCAUCCUUCGCAGUAUGAAUUCCGUGUCUGAUUCUGCUUUUGCUUUCUUCUCUAUGGAGUAGUUCUCCCAUUCAUCUGGGUAUGGAGAACCCUAGAUUUGUAUGUUAGGCUUUGAUUGUAUGAACCCAAGUACUGAUUCUGUGAUUGAUUAUAUUCGAUUGAGGUUUGAUGAUUGAAUGACUUGAAUCCUGAUCAAAUUCCUGUUGUUUCUGCUUUAACCUAGAAUGAGAAUAUCUGCCUAGGUUAAUAGAGUAUCCUUGAUUGAAGGUAGGGAGUUGGUGACUUUAGUCGAGGAGCCAACUCACUAUUCUGUACCGGAUUUACUCCGGUAGUGGAGGUUUUGUUCUUAGGGCCUCAAUCUGUCGACUCCGGUGGAGGUUAGUCGCCCGCUAGAGAGUCAGAUUGAGAGGGUCUGAAGACCUUUAGUCGAGACUUCAGGCUGUUUAAGAACCUUCCGCAGUAUAACUGUCAUAGAAACUGAACUUGGUAAUUACAAUCCGGCUUAACUGCAGUCUAGGGGGAACCAUAUCCGGGUGACCUCUUUAACCUGAAUACAACCAGUUUACUUGC